AUGAGCGUCAACUUGUUCUCUGAUACUGCUGACGUGCUUCUGUUUGAGCUAUGUUGUGGGCAGGAAUUUCUUGAUCCCCAGGGUUUUGAACAGCGUGCUGCCUUGCCAGGCGUGUUCGUUCUGAGUUUCUGUGUUCCGUCGCAUGAGCCGUGUACAACAGUUCACAAUGAACUUGUGCUCGCUGCCGAGAGUUUGAGCAAGACAUCCGAUGUCAGCAUAUACGAAGUAGACUGCUCGAAACACGAAAAGUUUUGUGCCUCAUUCGACGUGUCGUCAUUUCCGACUAUUAGAAUUUUCGAGCAUCAGAAAUGGUCACGCUACCGAGGCGCACAACGAGCAACACCACUCGUCACACAUGUUCUGAAGCAAGUCACGAAUUCUAUUGUCGAACUAGACGAGGAAAGAUUCACCAUUAUGAAGCAGCUGGGGGUUCCCUUGAUGGUUCUCACAAGGGCUGGGGAUGGUGACUCAUCCCUCAAUCUGAUGGCUUCUCUUGCAAAGGAAGAACUAGCGGAAGACUUCUUUGUUGGAGUUAUGUCUGGAGCCCAAUCUGGAACGAAUAAACCAUUCAUCACGGUUUACAAUGUUCGAGACGAAACAACCCCGAAGUACGAUGGCCCAUUUGAGAAGAAGGCUAUUCUACAUUUUGCCAGUCUAGUUUCGCAACCCCUGAUCCGACAGUUUGACAUGUCAACACUAGUGAGCUUUAUGAAGUCCGCACUACCCAUCGGAAUGAUGUAUUCGGCCAACGAAGAUGAACGACAUUCUCUAGCAGCGAGUUUGUCCAACGUGGCAAUGAAAUACCGAGAAAAAGUCAAUUUUGCUACCGUCGACGCCAUUAAAAAUUCAUUCGCCUUGGAGCCAAUGGGAUUGAAGCCGGAUGAAUUGCCAACCUUUGUGAUUCAGGCUAACGACGAAAUCUACAAACUCGACCCGGGAGUAACAAUCACAUCAGAGGCGAUCGAUGAAUUUAUCAAGCGAACGUUGUUUCCCGGGACAACGCAGCAGGAUCGACUCGUUGUACAACCAACAUGA